CCGAUAGGAAAGCGUCAGAUUGGGAAUCUUUCCGGAUAGGUGCAAGGAAGAUACCGGAAAACAAAUAUCAGUGUCAAUGUUUGGUUCAGCACCCUGCAUACUGGAUACAGGACCCAAAAUUCAUUCAAUUUCAGUAGGAGGGCUGUUUAUUGUAGGCGUGGCAAGGGGAGUGGCCGACCUUCAUGCUGAGAGGUCACGGAGGAGGAGCCCCAUGGAUGAGGGUCAGUGCGAGAGGGCGGGACCAGUGGUGUCAGAGGGUCAGGAGGGCGUAGUGGACCUCCACUACAACCAAUCGAACCCCUCGGAACCAAUUCAGGUCUCCGCCCACCAAAACCAGAACUUGACACAAACUCAACUCGAUGAUGGUCAGAGGGUUGGAUGUGACUCCAUCGAACAAGACUCUUUAAAUGCUAAUAGGGAUGAAGAGGAGGAGGAAGAUGGUGAUAGAAAGAUGAAGGGAGAGGAUGAUGAUGAUGUGAUAGUGGAAGAAGAGAAGGACAGCGUGACAGCACCCGACACUCCUAUGACUGACUCCUCCUUCUCAGACACAGGCAGUUUGGUAGAGCUCCACCCUUCUGUGUCUCCAGAGACUACAUGUCCCAUCAGCCCCGUAGCAGGUUGUCCAGACGAACCCUCCUACAGUAACCCUGAAGGAAAGACGCACACCUCCAACACAGAACCUACUACCACCUCCACCACAGAGCCUACAGGACCAACCUCCACCACAGAGCCUAGCACUGCCUCCCUAGAGGAGCUAGGGGAACGUAAAGAUCACUCCUACCUUCCUCAGUCCCUCCAUCAGAUAGCUGAGGCCUUUGUCCUCCAGGAAGAUUAUGAGCGAGCAGUGUGCUGUGUUCAGCUGGAGAGACUCUACCACCAGAGACGACUACACAACCUGACAACACUGCAGGAACAGUGGGAGAGGAGGUGUAGGUCAGACGGUCAGGGAGUGAGGAACAAUAACACCAACCUGGCUGCACAGCAACUGGACAGACUCGCAUACAUCUGCAAAACACGCCAACGACCCAGUCCUAGAACAGAGAAGUGUGAGGCUGUGGAUUCUGUCUCUGUGCGUGUUGAAGAUAGAUGUCCUUCACGCAGCUCAGUUGGGUGUGCAUCAGUGAUGGAGGAGGACCAUAGAGUAACAGACUCCACCCUCUCCCAGAGCAUCUACCCAAUCAAACCAGCUGCUGCCCUGAUGAACAGCCUUUGCUUUAAUGACUUUGCAGCUCUGGACGUGGCACAGAACAGCAGAGACUCCGAGAGAAUUGAGGGUUUCCAUAGAGACCGUCUUAUUGACAGCUCCCUCACCAAAGGGGAGGAGAGGGAGGGCAGGGCUGCGUUCACAGACUCUCGGAGCGAAGGAGCAGGACAGCAGACGGAGAGAGAGAUGGAACACACCACUCAGGAGGGAUACGCGGGGCCUGACCCUCUUACGGAUGGGGAAAUUAGCCGAUCCAAGCCUGAGGAGUGGCUGAGAGGAGAGGAAGAACAGGAGGAGGUGGCAGAGGAGGAGAAGGAUAGUGACGUGUGUUUUAAAGCUCUAGAGGAGAUCUCAGUCUUGGCAGUGAAGGAGCAGCUCACACUGGAGGAGGUGCAGCAGGAGGACGACCAGAUUGAGGAGCAUGUUCAGGAAGAAGACAUGUUUGUUGUGGAGAUUAUCAGAGAUGGAGCUGCGUCUCUCGAUGGCCUGGCCAAACUCAUCACAGUGGAGAUGACCCCUGACCCUAGCCUGGUGUCCAUCCUGAAGAGGAGGAGAAGUGUGUGUGUGGAGAAUGUGUGUGUUGCUCCCUCCUCGGUCCCGCACAAACAUCCUGCUAAGCGCAGGGUCCGCUUCAAAGUACCUGAUGACGGCUUUGACCAGGACCAGGUGGGCGGAGACUCAUGCCUGCUCCUCUUCCUGCUCUGCCUGGUCACCGUGGUGAUCAGCCUGGGAGGCACUGCCCUCUACUGUGCUCUGGGCAACACCCACUCCACCGUCUGCACCGACUUUUCUCGGAACGCGGACUUCUACCUCGCACAGCUGCAUCGUGGAAUGGAUCAGCUCCGACACUGGCUGACCCCUGGGUUUUAGCUGACCCCCAAGGAGGAGAGAAGUUAGGAGAUGAAGGAGAGGAAGGAGAAUCCCUUGUUUUGCAAGGUGAAUAUUCUCCUUUCUCCAACUUGGACAGGAUUUCUCUCCAUGUCCUCCUGUUUUCUCUCUCUCUCUCUCUCUCUGUCUUCACUGGCUGGCCAGUUAAUGUGUGUGAUGCGAGAGCGAGUGAUGGAAGGUGUAUGUGAUACUAGUAGCCUGCAACCACACUAACAGCAGCCUAAAACAUCUGCAGCGCUGCCUAGUAGAACUAGUAGGACUGACAUUGGACCUGUAAUAUACAGGACUACCUAUAGAUUUUAACUAUACACUACUGGACAUAGAGCGACUGUGUGUCAGCCCAGAGGAAGGGAUAGACUGGGCUAGACUCAUCACCACUUAGCUCGGAUCCGCUCACUACCAUAUGGAGACGUCUGGAUCCUUCAGGCAUGGACAACACCGCUCACAUGUGCAAACAAGAAGCGGCCGGUCAGCCUUUUUAAGAAACCACCUCUGCUCUUUGUUUAUGGACUCCAUUUUGUAUCUCAACUGCACUUUGAAUGUGAACAAUUGUGCUCUGGUCAGAAACAUGAAAUAAUGUCUUAAAAAAUAUUAUAUUAAUGAACGUUUUGUUUUAAUGAAACAGAUUAGACUUUUCUUUAUGUUCCUCACUGUUGAAGAUUCUUACGGAGUGUGUCAGGGUGUUUCUUUGGGCUGAAGUUAGAAGUUGCUCCUAACCACAGAUCUGAGAUCAAAUCUUAACCUUAUCCUCAACCAGAAGGGGGAGGAAAUGUCUGACUCUGUAUCAGUAGUAAGGGCCAACUUCUACAACUUCUGUUUCAGGGUGUCUGGGAUUAUUGGGUUGUUUUUGGGGUACAGAUUGUGGCGUUGGCCCUCAAUGACCAUAUAUGCAACAUGGACAAGAAAGCAAUACGUCUGUAAUCGUGUUCAAGAAUGUUUAGCGCCCUAAGGGCCAGGUCGGUACUAGAAGAGGAAUAUCUGUUUAGCUGAGAAUCGUCUUUGCUCAGGCAUGUGUAUAUUUAUCUUUAUUGUGAAAUAAUUAUGGGCAUGAUCAGUAUUACACCGAGUGCAUUACCUCCUGCGAUCAAUGGACUUUGGAUCAAUGGAUUUGGAUCCAAUGGAUCAAUGGAUUUUUACUUAUUAUAAUUUUUGUGCUCAUUGUUAUUUCUUUUAUUUCAGGCUUUUUAUUAGUCUAUUUAAUCUGUUUUACUGUUUGUCAGUCGGCGGUAUGUUUUAGUUUCGUCUGGCGUUCAGUAGACGUGUCACAGUGGCUCCUAUGAUAAUGUAAUGAUGAUGUAGUUGGCUGGGCAGUGACUCUUAGGCUGCAUCCCAACAGUCUAAAGUGUUUUCUUCUUCUUGUCUCCUCUCUUUCAUCUCCUCUUAUCUGAAAACACAAGACAGGUGAAACAAACUGCAAGUAUUCAGAACUGUAUUCAAAUGGACAAUAUAGAUAUGCAAUUUGCUUUCGUCUUUCAAGGUUCUUUCAGAGGGGGGAAGGAGAAGAGACAAGGGGAGGAUGCCACAGUAGAGUAUUGAGAUGCAGCCUUGGUUUUAAAAUUAUUUGCACGUGUCUGGCUGGUCCAGAUGACUCUGUCUUACUGUUUGCAUCUGAAGUAUUUAUAUCAUAUCUGCACGUGGGGAGAGAAAAAAACGACCUUCUGUUGUUUUUCUCAUUUUGGCUUGAUGUGGUUAUCGUUGGUUGUUGUUUUCCCUUGUUUUGUUCUUGAAGACUGUUUUGAAAAAGAGGAGUCUCUUUCCAAGGCUCACCAGUUAAAGAAUGCCAGUUGGAAAAGUCAGAACAGAAGCGGGACAGUCUCCAUUUUCAACUUCUCAUCUCUGUGUAUGAUGACAUGUGAAGACGAUUAACUAAUGUGUGUCAUUGUGGCCAAUGCUGCGUUCAGAACCAAGUGGGAAGGUGGAAAUUACCAGUUGUGAAUUUGUAAUUGUGAGUUUGAUGCUUUCACUUGCUUUGAACUUGUUGAUUUGCUUAAGGCAAACAAGCUGGGUCAAACAAACUAAAAGUAUAGCUAUCAUGCUUGAAAACAAAUUAUAGUAUAUUAAUAGAUUGCUUUUUACAAAUAAUGUUUUGUUGCAUUUAACUACCGAAAAUUCUGUUAUCAAUAAUUUCCUUAGUAGGUGAUGUUCAGCAUGUGGGAGAAGUCGGUGUUCAGGGAUGAUAGUUUCUCACUAGUAAUUACAAGUUGGAGGGCCCGGUCGUAUAUGGUAAGCAUUUUGCUACACAUGCCAUAACAUCUGCUAAAUAUGUGUAUGUGACCAAUGAAAUUGGAUUUGAUUUGAAUACACCUUCCCACUUGGUAAUGAACACAGCAUCAAAUCUUUCUUUGCAGUCUGUGAAGAAAACAAUGGGCAAGUUUGAUUUGCAUGGCCUGGUACCCCGGAUGGGUGGAGUUUGUUCAUUUGAACCAUUCCAUUGGCACUAAGAGAAAUCUCUACCCACCUGGGGCACCGGGCGAAAUGAAACUCAUCCAUUGGUCAAGUUGUUUUGCAUGGCCUUGUGCCCCGGGUGGGUGGCGUUUUGUGAAAUCUCUACCUACCCAGAGUGCACCGGGCUUUGCAAAACAAAUCACCAUUGAGAGGGAUGACUGUGGUGAGUACCUUUUAAACACCUGUUUCUCUCUGUUGAUUGGUUAAUAAACCUCACUGUGGGGACUGAUCUGA